GUCUUCUUGAAGUAGAUUCCCAGAAAAUAUGGAGCUUUGAUAAGUUUUUUUCCGAGGUGCAAACCACUCUGUCGCGGAAACUGAUCCACGUUUAUUACAUCAAUCGAAUGCAGAACAUCAGAAUAUAUUUGCAUCCAGAUGAAACUGCAGAUGAAUUGCAAACUCUAAUCACAGAGCAAACCGACGUUUCUGCUCACAACCAGAUCCUGCUCCUUAAGGAUACUCAUUUGCUGAAAGUUGUUGAGAAAACAACACCGGGUCGGGGGUAUCCCUCAACACAGGAAGAUGGACCUGUCCUUCUAUUUAGCACUGAAAACAAUAAUGUCACACUGCAACCUGAAAGUGGAAUUCCGAAAUUUCCAACUUUCCUUAGCCUUACUGCUGUUGAAAAUGACGCCAGCUCUGCCAAAACAGCAUGCAGUGUGGGGCAUGUUUGCAAAAGGAGGGUUGAGAAAUUAUCUAGGUGCAGCCAGCUAUCGCACUACAGUGUUAAGGUAUUCACGGCAGUUGUUGGUGAAGAGUUGGAAUGUUUAGUACAAAAGUGUGAUAGUCUCAAAGAAAUAACGAAUUGCACUGAACACCUGGUAGAUGCUGUUUCCAGAGCAACCAAUACUAUCCACAGUAUGGUGGGUGUAAAAAGCGAAGCUGUCAUUCCUGAUUGCAAG